GGGUGGCAGUGGCACCGUGGCAGAAUUUGAAGCUUGUUGAAAAAGUGAAAAAGCUUUUAUUGUUUUCCGAUUAGAAUGCAAAUUUGAGGUGAAGAAGAACUCGCGCCUCGGUUCUUUCUCCUUUACAGGCCGGCAAUGUUGAGGUUUCUCUGUGUGUCUCUGCUCGUUGCCUUCUCUGUCUCCACCGCGGCCGCUGCACGCAAAUACACUCUUUUACCAAGAGAGGAAUGGGCAGAGGAGCUCCUCCAUGAUUUUAUUUCUGGAGAAAGCUGCCCUUCGGCGGAUCCCGCACUUUAUUACCAGCCGGUGAUCGGUAUCGUCAGUCACCCUGGAGAUGGCGCCAGCGGGAGGCUCAGUAACUUGACCGACACCUCCAACAUCCCGGCCUCCUACGUCAAGUUUGUCGAGUCGGCUGGGGCUCGGGUCAUUCCUGUCAUUUACAACGAGCCUUGGGAUGUCAUCUCCGAAAAACUCGAGCUAGUGAAUGGCGUUCUGUUUACAGGUGGGUGGGCUAAAGAGGGCUUGUACUUUGAGACUAUCAAGAAAGUUUAUGAGUUUACUUUAGCAAGAAAUGAUGCUGGGGACCAUUUUCCUUUAUUUGCUAUCUGUUUAGGAUUUGAACUACUCAGCAUGAUUAUCAGUCAGGACCAUGAUAUAUGCGAACAUUUUAUGGCACGAAAUCAAGCGUCUACUCUUCAAUUUGUAGACAUCUCAGAAAUUCAAGGAUCUGUUUUUGAAAGGUUUCCAUCAGAAUUACUCAGGAAGUUAAGCGCCGAGUGCAUUGUGAUGCAAAACCAUAGAGAAGGCCUUUCACCAAGAAGGUUGCUAGCGAAUGACGCACUCUCAAGUUUCUUUAAGAUAUUGACAACCAGCACAGAUGAAAAUGAUGAGGUGUACGUUUCAACUGCACAGGCCUAUAAUUACCCGAUUACUUGUUUCCAGUGGCAUCCUGAGAAAAAUGCCUUUGAGUGGGGAUCACCCUUUAUUCCACAUUCUGAAGAUGCAGUUCGAGUUACUCAACUGUUGGCAAACUACUUCAUAAGCGAGGCUCGAAAAUCUUUUAUUAGGCCUCCAGCACAAAAAGUUCGGGACAAUCUUAUUUACAACUACAGCCCAACAUAUGGUGGAAAAGCUGGAAAGGGCUACGAUCAAGUUUACAAUUUUCAUGACAUUGUAAUCUAAAUAAGCGAUCGAGUUCAUAUUGUUUGCCUCUAAAUCCUGGCAAUUUUCCUGCUGUUUUGGGAUUUGUAAAUUGCUUUAGCAUAAAGGGCAAAUAUUAUGUCCAAUGUCUGGAUUCGUCCGGACACCAAUUCAGACGCGCCACGUCACCAAAAUAUACCGAGCCCCGAUGUAUUUGGGUGACGUGGCGUGUCUGGAUUGGAUGUCCGGUGACCAGAUGUAAUAAUUCGCCAGCACAAAGGCUCGCUGGAGUGUUAUAGUGGCUAUUCGAACUAUUCCAUUUGAACUUGGCUCUGUUGUACCAUUUAUCAAUUAUCCGAAAGCUUUAUUAUAAGUAAAGUUUGAAGUAUCAUCAAGAAAAAUGAAUGAUAAUUCUAAGCUAUUCUAUUUUUCUUUA